AAAAUACAAUUCGCAGGGUGAAUAUAGUGGGGGUGUCAAAAAGCUUGUAAAAUAAUGUUUCGCGGUAAAAAACACAUUUCUAAUGUGGACAGUGGCCAACUAAACAAUCGCAAUGCAACUAGCCUAACAUUUUGGGCUUCACCUGUAAAAAUAAAAUCAGUGUCUCUGUUUGGCAUGACCUCUCGUCUCUGAGGUUAUCUCCCAUGGGGCUCUCUCGUCGUCUUCUGCGUUUCAUGUCCUCCUCCACGUCCAAGGUUCGGAUCCUUCCUCCUUUCCUGCAAACACGCGCUUAUUCUGCACAGUUCUCCGAAAAUGGGCCGGAUUGUGGAGCAGAGAGUUUCAAACGAAUGCACGGCAGAAGAUCGUUUCGUGCAUUACCUUUUGCCAUGGCUGUCUCUGCUGGAGCUUUUGCCCUAGCAUUCAACUCACAGACUGCUGCCUGCGAGCCUCCUGAAGUUACCAGAAUUGGCGGCAAAGGCAGCACAGAGCUUGUGGUUAAAGGUUCCCGCAAGGAGCUUCCCGAAGGUUUUCUCGAAGAUUUGAAGGCUGUAUGUGCGGAUGAAAUCAUAUUGGAUUACGAUGAUAGAUACUUUCAUGGAAAGCCCCAAUAUAGCUUCCAUGCGAUUGUAAAUAUUCCUGAUGUGGUUGUUUGCCCCAGAUCGAAGAAAGAAGUGUCCGAAAUCAUUAAGGCUUGUGACAAGUACAAGAUUCCUAUUGUACCUUAUGGUGGAGCUACUUCAAUUGAAGGACAUACAUUAACUCCUCAUGGAGGAGUAUGCAUUGACAUGACAUUAAUGAAGAAUGUCAAAGCAUUGCAUGUAGAAGAUAUGGACGUGGUAGUAGAGCCAGGCAUUGGAUGGAUGGAGUUGAAUGAAUACUUAAAACCAUAUGGUCUUUUCUUUCCUCUUGAUCCUGGACCUGGAGCUACAAUUGGAGGUAUGUGUGCAACACGUUGCUCUGGAUCUCUUGCAGUAAGAUACGGGACUAUGCGUGACAAUGUCAUUAAUCUAGAGGUGGUUUUAGCGAAUGGGGAUGUCGUCAAGACAGCUUCUCGUGCACGUAAAAGUGCUGCUGGAUAUGAUUUAACAAGGUUAGUUAUCGGAAGUGAAGGGACCUUAGGUGUAAUAACGGAGGUCACACUACGGCUACAGAAGAUUCCUGAGUCGUCUGUGGUUGCAAUGUGCAAUUUCCCGUCCAUAAAAGAUGCAGCCAAUGUGGCCAUUGCUACGAUGCAUUCGGGUAUUCAGGUAUCAAGAGUUGAACUUUUAGAUGAAGUUCAGGUACAUGCUAUUAAUGAAGCAAAUGGAAAGGACCUACCUGAAGCACCCACAUUAAUGUUCGAGUUUAUUGGAACUGAAGCUUAUGCCCGUGAACAAACAGCCCGUGUAGAGAAAAUUGCUACAGAACACCAUGGCUCUGAUUUUGUAUUUGUUCAAAGUGCUAAGGAGAAAGAGGAAUUAUGGAAGAUGAGAAAGGAAGCACUUUAUGCAAACUUGGCAUUGGAGCCUGAAAAGGAAGCAAUGACAACGGAUGUUUGUGUCCCACUAUCGCAUCUUGCAGAAGUCAUUUCAAAAUCUAAAGCAGAAAUUGACUCUUCACCUUUGACAUGCCCAGUUAUAGCGCAUGCAGGUGAUGGGAAUUUCCAUACUAUAAUAUUAUUUGAUGCUAAUAGUGAAGAGCAGAGACAAGAAGCAGAGCGUUUAAAUGAUUUCAUGGUCUAUACUGCAUUAUCGAUGGAAGGAACUUGUACGGGAGAGCAUGGCGUAGGAACGGGGAAACUGAAGUACCUUGAAAAGGAAUUAGGCGUUGAGGCAUUGAGAACAAUGGCAAGGUUAAAAAAAGCAUUGGAUCCCAAUAACAUCAUGAACCCUGGGAAGCUUAUACCUCCUCAUGUUUGUUUCUAAAUAAGAAUUGUGUUUCCUUUUUUUUAAUUUUAAUAAAACUAUGGUCGAACUGAAGUAGAAAGUAAUUUAUAGUUCGUUGUGUUCAUGUUGGCAAUGGUAUACAGUCAAGAAGACUAGAUUAGAUGAACAAUUUAACAUUUGUGAAUAACAAUCCAUGGUAUCAACUUCAAGAGAACUUACAUGUUCGAGCAAGUCCAAGCUCUUUGCUUGAUAUUGUAUGGACUUCUUUGCCAAUAAUGGUACUAUAUUUGUUUGAAAUAAGGUAAAAUGCAUGCAUUUGUAGUCAA